GCAAUUUAGCUUUCAUGUUUAUGCAGUUAUUUAAAGAUUCGUUGGUGGAAUAUGCAUAUGCUGCUGAAAUAGCAGGAUUAGGAUACUCACUAGAAAACACUAUUUAUGGACUCCAUCUUAGUGUGAAAGGAUAUAGUGAUAAACAAGCCAUACUUCUCAUGAAACUAUUAGAGAAAAUGACAUCAUUUCAUAUUGAUGAGAAGAGAUUUGAUAUUUUUAAAGAGUCGCAUAUAAGAUCACUCAAUAAUUUUCGGGCAGAACAACCUCACCAACAUGCUUUAUACUAUACCUCUGUGUUAAUGGCUGAACAUGCCUGGACUAAAGAUGAAUUGCUGGACUGUGUAGAAG